AUGACGAUGGAUGUGAGUAAGAGCGAGCCGAACAAGAACGGGGCUGUGCAACAGGAGUGCGCUGGCUGUGGAAAAGUGAUCACGGAAAGGUACCUUCUGCGAGCGGACAACAUGUUCUGGCACGAAGACUGCCUGAAAUGCAGCAGCUGCAACUGCCGACUCGUCGAUGUAGGUCCGAAGUUUUACGCGAGGUCGAAUCUCACGUUGUGCAGGAAGGACUAUAUAAUACUAUUCGGGAACACCGGACACUGUGCGGCCUGUAACAAAAUCAUCCCCGCUUUGGAGAUGGUGAUGAGGGCAAGAACGAACGUCUAUCACUUGGAGUGUUUCGCUUGUCAACAGUGCAAUCACAGAUUCUGCAUAGGCGACAAGUUCUUCCUGUGCGAGAACAAAAUCCUCUGCGAGUACGACUACGGCGAGAGGUUGAUCUUCGCGAACAUGGCGGUACAUCCGCCACCCACGGCUACGUUGGCGCACAUCAAGAGACAAGUGACCCAUCUUCAACCGGAGACCAUAUCACCGCAGAUGCAGGUGAACGGAGAGACAACCCAUAACCACAAUGGAUACGCGGCGCCGGCAAGCUCGAGCGCCCAUAACAUCCUCACAUCGAUGAAUAAUUUAAACGGUAUCAAUGCACAAGCACCUUACGAUACCAAAUGA